CUGUGUUUGUCAGCCAUGUCUUCUUCUUCCUUGCCUCCACAAACUCUAAAAGUAGGCAUCGUGGGUUUCGGCACAUUUGGGCAGUUCCUGGCAAAGACAAUGAUCAAACAAGGUCAUACCAUAAGGGCUACUUCUCGGACUGAUCAUUCCCACCUCUGUCAUCAAUUGGGUGUUUCCUUCUUCAGGGAUGUACUUUCAUUUCUUGAAGCAGAUAAUGAUGUGAUAUUGGUAUCCACAUCAAUCCUAUCUCUAUCGGAGGUGCUCAGGUCAAUGCCUUUACAUUGCCUUAAACGCCGGACACUGUUCGUCGACGUGCUUUCGGUUAAAGAACACCCGAGAAACGUUCUAUUGCAGGUUUUGCCAGAGGAGAUGGAUGUGCUCUGCACUCAUCCCAUGUUUGGACCUGAAAGUGGCAAAAACGGGUGGAAAGAUCUUCCUUUUGUGUAUGAGAGAGUUCGGGUGAGGGAUGAACCCAGGUGCUCCAGCUUCUUACAAAUCUUUGAGUCCGAGGGUUGCAGAAUGGUGGAAAUGUCCUGCGAAGAACAUGACAAACUGGCUGCUAGAAGUCAAUUUCUUUCCCAUGCUAUCGGCAGGAUUUUGUCAGAAAUGGGAAUCGAAUCGACAUCCAUGAACACGAAAAGCUUCGAAACACUAGUUAAAUUGAAAGAGAGCACUGUCAAUGACAGUUUCGAUCUGUUCGGUGGAUUAUUCAUCCAUAACAGGUUUGCUCAGCAAGAGUUGAUGAACCUAGAACAUUCUUUCGAAAUGGUCAAGCAGAGGCUGCUAAAGAGGAUGAGUGAAGAACAAAAUCUCAACAAGGUCUGACCAUGGCACGGGCCCUUGCUAACAAGACCAUUCUAGUAAUUUAUCAACUCCAUUUCUGGUGUUUAAAUGGAUUCCUAGACUGUAAUAAUAGUCCAAGCAAGCCACAUGAUAGGUGAAAGUUGAUGAAUACAAAAAUGUAAGUGGCUUCGCUAGGCUAAGUCCUUGAUGCCAAAAUCUACAUAAGCAAACAGAUACACAGAAAGAGUUCUUAACCCAACUUAUCUUGUUUCUCGGAAAGACUACU